AUGACACGGGGGGCCCCGCAGUGGCGGGCAGCGUUGCGCCCAGCCCUCCCCCCGCGGCGCCGGACCGGCACCGGACGCGUGGGGCGGGGCGCAGCGCGGUGGGCGGCGGCAGCGGCUCCGCUGCGGGCAUUUGGCGCCGCGGCGGGACGGGGCAAGGAGGGGCCGUCCCCGCCAGGCUCGCCUGCCGAAUCCUGCACGGAGCAGGUCGCGGCGUGGCGGGGCGAGCCGGGAAGGCGGCGGCAGGGGGCGGCGCCGGCAGCGCCAGGGGCGGCGUGCACGGCAGCCCCCCCGGCUCCCCACAGGGGGCCCGAGGCGGGGCGGCUCCGUGAGGCAGCUGCAGGGCGGACCCCGCAGCGGUGGCGGGGAGCUGGGGUGCCGAGGGGGCGGAGCGCUCGGCCUCGGGUCCCACGCCGAGCGCGGGGGAUCGCCCGCGCCGCCCCGGGCCGCCGUGCCGCGGCGACCCCCCCGCUGCCCGCCACCGCUGCGGGGUCCGCCCUGCAGCUGCCGCGCGGAGCCGCGCCGCCUCGGGCCCCCUGCGGGGAGCCGGGGGGGCCGCCGUGCGCGCCGCCCCUGACGCUGCAGGCGCCGCCCCCUGCCGCCGCCUCCCCGGCCCGGCCCGCCCCGCCGCGACCUGCUCCGCGCAGGAUUCGGCAGGCGAGCCCGGCGGGGACGGCCCCUCCCUGCCCCGUCCCGCCGCUGCGCCAAAUGCUGUGCGCGGGGUCGCCGCCGCCGCCCACCGCGCCGCGCCCCGCCCCACGCGUCCGGUGCCGGUCCGGCGCCGCGGGGGGAGGGCUGGGCGCAACGCUGCCCGCCGCUGCGGGGCCCCCCGUGCCGUGCGACCCCCCAGCGCCGCCACGCGGCACCGCCGCGCGUCCCCUCCCUGCCGCUCGGGGAAUGCCCUCCCGCACCGAGCGGGAGGGGCUCUCGGCUGCCGCUGCUGCCGCCGACCUGGCCACCGACCCAUCGACUGGCCGGGCAGGAGCUGAAAGCUGUGGCCCGUCGGCCACGCCCCCCUGCCCAGCGCGACAAUCACCCCCCGCUCAGAGAGGAGUCUGAGCGAGUCACUGUCCCCCGCCCGCCCCCCCUACGGGGCCGGGUCGGCUGUGGGAGAUGAUAACGGGGAAAAAGCGUUGUCUGAUGUGCAUGCUUUUCCUGUCGUGA